AUGUCUCAACAUGAAGAUGCUACAUACACACGCACACAGGAUUAUGCCUCAAUUCCCAGAUACCCGGCAGAGUCAAGCGGAAACGCAACUUUAAGCUACUACUUCAACCGGACUCGGGCUAUGGGCGAGGAUGAUAAUGACACUGUCAUUGUCGACAACAAGCUCCUCCGGCCCUCUAUGCACCAUUUUGCAGAAGGUGAUUUCAUCCCACCGGGAUUCUUCAAUCUCGCACACCUAGAUGGCUUCACCCGUCGCUUCAAAUAUUCUCAAUGGAGCUACGAAAUGCGCCGCGAGUCACAGCCAAUUCUACCAUUUCUCUCAUUGGGCCCAUCCGUUUGUCUCCGGUCCCGUGAACACCUGAGCAGUCAAGGCUUCACACUCCUACUCGCUAUCAGAAAUACAGCAUCAGCCCAGGCACGCUUGGUAUCGGGUGACAAGGCCGCUGCCGAACUCGGCAUUUUGGCUGAUACGAUUGAUGUCCUCGAUAACCAGGAGCUUAUAUCUGCAUUUCCCCGCGCAAUUCGUCGCAUUAAUGAUCAUCUUGCUGGCCUGGAUUUGCCAGCUUCCGCGGCGGGUGGAAAUUCCACGAAUUCCUCUGCCGAGGCCGCUAUCAAUAAAAAAGUUCUUGUCUUCUGCGAAACUGGCAAUGAGCGCUCUGCUGGAAUGGUCAUUGCGUAUCUCAUGGCUAUGCUGAACCAUGACGUCAUCUCUGCUACACGGAUGGUCCAGCAGCACCGAUUUUGUGUUUCGAUUGAGGAUUCCUUGAAGCGGAUCUUGGCUGCUUUUGAGUCUAUCCUUGCUGCGAAGCGGGAUGUCGAAUCCGCAAAGCGCAGCGCAGUUCAGACGGGUGCAACACUUCUUGCUCCUCCACCUAUUCCUCCUAUUCUGUUGGCGAAGAAACGCAGUUUUCAUGAUUGUCUAUAUGACGAUGCGGCGCCAGAUGACAAUGAUAUGGAUAUGGAUGAAGAUGAUUUCUUACCGGACCGGAAGCCGGUUGCUCCAUUUCAAGAUCGAGUAGCUUAG